GAACAGUAAAGGGAGCACUUCCGAAGUAGAAAUCGGAGUCGGGGCCGGAUUUCUGGCCGUCAGGAAGCUUUAUUUUGAUUUCACAACUGGAGGAAGACCUAUGGUUUGUGGAUUAGCUUGUCUUGGAUAAAAUGGAGGUUACAUCACAGGGCUGUGCAGGAUUUUCUGACGUGAUGGUCAAAGUGGAGCAAGAAGAGGAGCCAAGUGGCCUCUACCAGUUGGGAUCCGAGAGAUUUCCAGGAACCAGUUCAGGUGACGGAUGGGCUAGAUUUCCUAAUCUUAUAAAACCAGAGAAGGAAGAGGACCUGUAUUAUUAUGGAUCUGAGGAAUACCCCAGAGGUGCUGGAAAGCAGUCAGGAUAUCUAGACGAUUUUGUUAAAGCAGAGGAAGAAGAGGGGCUGUACAGCCAGGGAGCUGAGCAAUGCGCAAGUGUUGCCUGGGACCAUUCAGGAUUUCCUGAUGUGGUUGUAAAGCCAGAGGAGGAAGAGGAAUUUUCCAACAAAAGUGGAAGCGUAGCUGGUGUUCCUUCAGGAUUUGCUGGUGUUGUCAUAAAGCCAGAGGAGGAAGAGGGGCGGUGCAGUCAGAGAUCUCUGGGAACUACGAGUGUUACCUGGGACCAGGCAGGGUUUUGUGACUUUUUUGUAAAGCCAGAGAAGGGAGAGGAACUGUGUAAUCAUGGAUCUGAGGAAAAUGCAAGCGGUGCUGUCAACCAGUCCGGAGGUCUGGAUGUUUUCAUAAAACCAGAGGAGGAGGAAGGGCUGUACAACCAUGAAGCCGAAGGAGGUACAAAUGUUGCCUGGGACCAGUCAGGAUUUCCUGACAUUCUGGUAAAGGCAGAGGAGGAAGAGAUGCUGUAUAGCCAGGGAGUGGAAGAAUGCGCAAGUGUUGCCUGGAACCAUUCAGGAGUUCCUGACUCUGUUAUAAAGCCAGAGGAGGAAGAGGAAUUGUUCAAGGAAAGUGCAAGUGUUUUUGGAGACCAGUCAGGAUUUCAUGCCAUUGUUAUAAAGCCAGAGGAGGAAGAGGGGCUGUGCAGCCUGAUAUCUGGGGAAGGUGGUUUUGUGACUUUUUUGUAA